GAUGUAUCCGGAAUCACGUGCGCCGGAUGUCAUUGGUGGUUUUAUCCGGAUGCGCGGAAGAUCUGACCGCGCGCAGUUUCGAAUUUGCUAUGAAGGGGGAGAGCGACCAGCAGCAGCAGCUCCGGCGGUUCGAGCUCCGCGUCAGCGUCCGGGACUUCCUUGCGGCCCGCGCGGGCGAGGCCACCAUGCUCGUGACGACGUCCGCCGAGGUGCAGCAGGACGCGCUCGAGGCCAUGAGCCGGCUUCUCUGCAAGGAGCGCGUGCUCCAUGCGAUCACAACGGUGCAUGGCACGUCGACCUUGAUCGCGGUCGACAACCUCCCGGCCAUGUGGCGCUGCGCGGCUGCGGUCGGAGGAACCAUGAACAUGCGCAAGCAAGCCGGCCCGAUGCCCGACUUUGUCGUCAAGGAGCUCUGCUGCGCGAUGGUGGUCAUGGCGCUCAAAAUGAACGGUUACGUCAUGAUGGGCGACCAAGGCACGUACAUGCUGCCCAAGCAAACUCGAAGCGACAUGGUGCAGUGCGUCCACUUCUCCGAGAUGCACCUCGUGCACGAUGAGGUCGUCGCCGUCUUCUCCCCUGUCGUGUACCAUCUCAACAAGGCCGACGCCGCUGUCCACGCGAUCCGGUCGAAUGCGAUGGGUCUCCCCGUCUCGGAUGCGAGCCUCACACACCAGCUUCAGACCCACGCUGCCGUGUUUGCGAUGCCCAAGAUGAACCAUUGCCGUAUCAUGCAGUACACGACGCACCCGCCUCCCAUGAUCGGCACGACGGGUAUGCUGCCGACCGAAGCCGACUUUCGCAAGCAGUGGAUGGAUGUCCAUGGCAUCACGCUGCCUGGUGAUCUUGGUGGAUAUCUUCGCGUCCAGUUUCCGUCCGGUGCCGUCGUCACCUACCCGGCCGCUUGCGUUGCGACAAACUGGCACAUCCUCUCCAAGCAGUCGCGGGCCGAGGCGAACGACAUCACCCGGCUGGUCAUGGUCUCGAUGCACGGUUUCUUUGGCCCGGCGGCCGUCAACGUCCGAAGCGAGCAGUUUGAGCCCAAGGUCGCGACGCUUCUGCCAGCCUCAGCAUUGCUCCAGGCAACGUUGCGGAAACGCGACGAGCACCAAGCCCCCGCGCUCACAAAGCGCAAAAAAGUCUACUAGGCCAAGGCUUAGUCCAACUCCCACAUUUAUUGUAUACGCAUCGUCAUCGAUUUGGUCUGUUUACGCAAUGUACUCGAAGUGCAAGACAGCGUUGCG